AUGAAGUUUUCAUCUAUCAUUGCUUAUGCUGAACUGUACGCUUUGUUUAUGGUGUUAUUUUCAAAGGGUGAUAAAAACGGAAGAAAAUCAAGUGAUUCAGCAGUGGCCCAUGGUGUUUACCUGGAGAGAUGGGACAGAAUAGAUUACAAACGUGUCAAAUUUCUAUUGGCAGAUCCGCGAUUCCCAAACCUGCCAAGUUUAUCAAUAUGUCUUCCAACAUUUGAACAGCCUUCUAAGUGGGGAGAUUUCUUUGGGACCCGUUUGAGAACUUAUUUUGUUCCCCUUCAAACUGGAAACCACUAUUUCUAUCUCUCAUCUGAUGCUGGGAGCAGACUCUACCUCAGCCCAGACGAAACGCCAAAGAUGAAGGCACAGAUUAAUGCCAUAUUUGGUGGCUUUGCCACGUAUCACUACGAGUAUAAUAGGUUCAUUGAUCAAAAAUCCCAACCAGUCUAUCUAUUUAAGGGCAAGUACUAUUACAUGGAAGCUAUAUUCAAAGACGACCAUCAGAACGAUCACCUAGAAGUUGGAUUGAAGACUCCAGAUGGAACAUUUUAUAGAGUAAUUCCAUCAAAGUUCCUCUGGACGAAACUUCCUCCAAAACCAGCGCAGAAUGCUACUUACCGGGCAAUUUUACUCAAAGUGGCUGCAAGGGCUGGUGCAAGAGCCGGUUCAUCAUUUGGGGCGAAAUGGGCAAGAAAGAGUGGAGCCAGAGCUGGAGCAAAGGCUGGUGCAAUAGCAGGAAUGAAGGCUGGAGCAUCAGCGGGGGCUCGUGCAGGUGUUGAGGCUGCAAUAAAAAUGGCAUCAAAAACCCUUGAGGAAGCAUUUAACUCUCUUCAUGGUAAUGAUGGGCACAAAUUUAAAAUUGUGUUCAAAAAUGGAAGUGUUGUUUCUGUAACUGGUCCGGGAAUGGAAAGUGCCCCUGGGAGAGCAAGCGCCGCUGCAGCCGCUGCAGCAUCAGGAGCUACUGGAAAAAGUGGUAACAGUGGUGUUUCUGGAACCCCUGGAAUCGCUGGAACGGCUGGAAUAGCUGGGAAAGCCGGCACUCCUGGCACAGUUGGGACCGUUGUAGCUCCUGGAACUGGAGGUGGAGAUGGAGGAGGAGGUGGGGGUAGGGGUGGAGGAGGAGGUGGAGGUAGGGGUGGAGGAGGAGGUGGGGGCGGAGGAGGGGGUGGAGGAGGAGGUGGUGGAAGUGCCGCAGGCGCCGGAGGUGGAGCCACUGGGGGUGGUGGAGCGAUAGGUGGGGGUAUCGCAGGCGGAGGUUCGGCAGGUGGAACUGUGACAGGUGGUGGUGUUGGUGUUGCUAGUGGAGCAACUGUAGGGGCUGGUGAAGAAGAAGUCGAUAGUUAUGCCCUGUCACCUGAAAGGCCAUUAACAAUAAUUCCAAGACCAGGGGAAGAUCCCCAAGCCCUCGCUACAUCACAGGCCAUGCUUUGGCCAAAAGUAGGGGGUGCAACAGGGCUCGUCGCAAAUGCAAUGUACACAUUUCACUCAUGGGGCAUACCAUACAGACAAGAGGAAAAUUAUCUAAAUAACUGUUGGCGGUCAGUAAAUGGAGUCCUCCACAUGAAGCCGUUCUGCCAAGCCUUUAUCGCUCGAGUGCCUGCUCUUUAUGUCAAGGCUACCUCAAAGAACUACUCCGUAUCCUUUGAGUCCGCGUGUAGGCCUGGUCAUUUCUUAAGACAAAAGAACUAUCAUUAUUUUCUGGAAAAGAGAGAUGGAACGGAGCUGUUUGAUAAAGACAGCUCCUUUUACAUCUAUUCGGUGAUGAAAUAUCAUCGGAAUCUCCUUUUCAACGCCAUGCACCAAGACUGGUAUAUAUGCGAAGAGAGUAAUUGGAAAGAAAGGGAUCCUGCAAUGGUUCUUGACUUUUACAAAGGUGAGCCGGAUGUUCUACAACGUUGCUCCUUCGCUGUUUACCCGCUCUCGUUAAACAGUAACAAGUACAUGAACUGUAAAAAUGUCCUCGGUCCAGUAAAGUACAGAGAAAUUAACGGACAGUCACUGCCCCACCCACCUCCUUUACUGCCACAUCUUCCUCCGCCGCCUCCUCUCUUGCCUGUAUGUUUGCCAGUGUGCCCGGCUCAAGAAGCGGGAGGAACUUCUGGAGUGGGAGGAACAUCUGCUCCGAAUUUUCCGUCCACAGUUGGAGUUUCAAGCGUCCAAGAGAGUGCACCCAUGUGCGUUGCAUUGAUUUUCAUCAACGACUUCCACAGUCCAUUUAAAAUUUAUUCCCCUCUCAAAAAAGAUGGAUAUCUCGUCAGUGGGUCAGAAUUUCAGCUAAAAUUCAUUGUAAACCGACCCGAGCUGCAUGGCGUUGUGGAAUUCAGUGCCCAAGACCCAGCAGGAAAAAGCAACCUUCUUUUAAACGGAAAAUCAAGUAUUCUGGAACCAGUAGUGCGAGAUUGUCCUAUUUUUCGGAAAAUUUCAGUGACAUCCCUACAAGGUGAUGUAAAGUGCUGGAAACUUAACAAUUUCCUAAAAAUCAUUUCAUAA